AUGAGUCGUGAAGACCAGACAACAGAUACAGCGGAUAAUGCUCAUGAGAACAUUUCUUCUCUUGUAUCUCAAGAAACUCUCUCCUCUGCUAGUCCUUCUGCCUCUCUCGACCUCAUCUCGACGAGCGAAACUAUUCUCUCGCCUGCCCCCUUCGCGAGUACUCCAGACUCCCCUUCACUCCCCCCUCUAUCUAAAAGACAACAAACUGACUCUCCUCUCAAGAUCCGCGUCAAACAACUGUACCAGAAUGUGUCCGAUAUAUUUGCAUUUCUAGACAUCCCCAGGCCCCUUCUCUACGCCAUGUAUGGAACAGACUACAGGUACUUCAACUCGAACAUCUCUCUCGCCAAGAGGAACUGGUGUACCGGAUGUCUCAUGUCAGAGGUUACCUGUAUCUGCUGGGAUAACAGUGUGUCCGUUGCCAAGCUGGGCAGCGAUGUCAUGUGCGUUCUGCGAAUGAUAUACGAUGGCGAUCAGUUUGACAGCUGGUACAGGCGGUGUCAGAGUAUAGGGAUCCAGAAUUUGAUGGUUGAGUUUGGAGAGCAGAAGGACAUGCUGAGACGUCUAUUCAUGCAGCGCUAUUCGAACUACGUGGCGCUGGUGGAGAAGCAGGGUAUCAAGCGGGGAAAUCUAUUCUUACAUGGCACCGUUGCUGCUCAGACUAUGUAUAACAACACAUGGAACAGACUUGCCACGAGGCAGGCAGACGUACUGGUAUUCUUCGCCGAUGGUGGGAAAGUCGAGGCUUGUCCUGAAAUGUGGAAGUGCAGAAACAUACACGAUAUGCGUAGACUACUGGAGUCGCGGCGACAGAGAUAUGGAAAUCUGCCCUUGAUGAAAGAGUACGAGUAUCGCAUGGGGUAUCUCCUGGCGCAGUUUGAAAGUGAGGCGAUACGCAACUUUGUAUUUCAGAGUACCAGGGAUACGUACAUCAGGAAAGACAAAGGACAGAAGGUGGUGCAGCCGCUUACAUGGGAGCUGUUCCUCUUGAUGCAGUUUGCCUUGUUUCACGAUGAGGGUUAUCGGAGACGAGUGGAGGCUACAUUCCCAGAGCUUACCAGAACGAAUCUCUUUCCGCAUUGGCUUCGGAUGAUGUCCGUGCGUGUUGAUGUUCAAGCCAGAGGUGGGGCGGACUAUCGUUACGUGUAUUUCAUGGCGAGCAUGCUAUGGAGGAAGGAGUGCAAGAGUAUAUAG